GGGCGGAUUAAUUCACGUGUCUAUGGAGGCAGUGGCUUGUCACUCAUUCUUUGAACAGUGUGCUGGCGCUGAUCUUCUGCCGCUGCUACAUCGAUAAUCAACCAAUUUGCCAUACGAAAAAUAAAUAUCUAGCAAUAUGGGAAUGUAAUAUUUUUGAAAAUAUCAAGAACAAUAUCAAAAUAUCAAGAACAACCACAACAUUCUUCAUUAAGACAUUUGCGUGGUCUAAUCAAGGAGUUGCGAUGCUCCACGCAAAGGAUAUCAUCCUAGCCUUGCUUCUCGUGGGCUCUACAGUUUGUCUGGAAGUGGAGAUCACCCCCACCCAGGGAGAGAUCAGUGUCGGAGAGUCCAAGUUCUUUCUGUGUGAAAUUGUUGGGGUAGCAAAGGAGAUUGACUGGUAUUCCCCGAGCGGGGAGAGGAUAGAGCCCAACAAACCAGAGAUCACCGUAACCCGAAAUGACGAGUCCUCGUCCACGCUCACGCUCUACAAGGCCGGGGUGGACAGCGCUGGGACCUACAAGUGUCUGGCCACCAACGGAGACCAGUCAGCAGAAGCAACCGUCAACGUCAAGUUCUACCAAAGGAUCACCUUCAAAAAUGCCCCCUCCCCCCAAGAGUUCAAUGAAGGGGACAACGCCAACAUUGUCUGUGACGUCAUCAGCUCCCCUCCCCCCACCAUCAUCUGGAAACACAAAGGAGCAAAGAUUCAGAUGGAGAAGGAUGUCCGCUUUAAGAUCCUGCCCAACAACCACCUGCAGAUCCGAGGCAUCAAGAAGACAGACGAGGGGUCGUACAUCUGUGAGGGCCGCCUCAUGGCCCGGGGAGAGAUUGACCUGAAGAUCAUUAGGGUCAUCGUCAACGUGCUCCCUACCAUCCGGGUGUGGCAGGCUGAGGUGAAUGCCACAGCAGGCGUGGGCCAGUCUGCCAUGUUGACCUGUGCUGCUGAUGGAUACCCAGAGCCCAUGGUGACCUGGGCACGAGCCGGUGUUCUUCUGGAGUCAGGAGACAAGUACAGCUUUAAUAAGGACGGUUCAGAGAUGACCAUAAUGGAGGUGGCCAAGCUGGAUGAGGGAGAGUACACCUGCAUCGCUAAGAACAAGGCUGGGGAGAGCGAACAGGAAGUCAGCCUUAGAGUGUUUGUGAAACCUAAGAUCACCUUCCUGCUGAACCAGAGCACGUCUGAGAUGGCUGAGCAGGUGACUCUGACCUGUGAGGCGUCAGGGGACCCCACCCCCACCAUCAACUGGAGCUUUGGCCUGCGCCCCUUCACUGAGGGAGAGCAGGCACAUCUAAACAGGAUCUAUCAGGCCUCUUGGACUCGGCCCGAACAACACAAGAGUCUGGAUGGGAACGUCGUAGUGAGGAGUGAUGCUCGUGUGUCCUCCCUCACGCUGAAGUACGCCAAGUUCACCGACGCUGGCCAGUACCUCUGCUCUGCACGCAACGCCAUCGGAGUGGAUUCUCAACCCGCCUACCUGGAAGUCCGCUAUGCUCCUAAGAUCCAGGGCUCAGUGACAGUGUAUACCUGGGAGGGGAAUGCAGCUAACAUCAGCUGUGAGGUCCUGGCCCACCCCAGUGACGUGUCCAUGCUCUGGCUGAGGGACGGGUUUCAGCUUCCCAACGCUAACAUCACCAAAGCCAAGGUUUUCCAGAGCCCCACAGCCAGCUACCUGGAGGUCACUCCAGAGUCUGAGAAUGACUUCGGGAGCUACAACUGUACUGCUGCCAAUGAGAUGGGCACAGAAUCCAAGGAGUUUCUCCUCAUUCAGGCUGAUGUCCCGUCAGCCCCGUCCCUCGGGGGGGUGGAGCCGUUCUCCAGCUCAGCCAGGGUGGAGAUCCAGGAGCCUGACGCCACCGGGGGUGUACCCGUCCUCCGGUACCGGGCUGAAUGGAAGACUGUGGGCAGGGGCAGCUGGGUGCAGAGGGUCUAUGACGUCCAAGGAGGAGCUCUGAGUGAAAUAACCAUCACAGGCCUGAAGCCUGAGACCAACUAUGAGGUGAAGAUGUCAGCCAUCAAUGGCAAGGGAGAGGGUGAAACUAGCCCCGUUGUGGUCUUCAAGACAGAGCCUGUCCGUUAUUCUUACGCAAAUGGCAUUUUUCAUUUUUCCACUGAGGACUCAGAAGGUGAACCUGAACCGCCUAAGCUGGAGGGAACACUCCAAACAAAAGGCAACUCCCUCAAAGUCAACUGGCUCAAGCAGGACGAUGGAGGCUCACCCAUCACACACUACCUAGUCCGCUAUAAACCAAAGCAUCAGGCCGACUGGAAGCCAGAGAUCCGGCUGCCCAGUGGCAGUGAGUAUGUGGUUCUGAGCGGACUGGAGUGGAACACGGAGUACGAUGUGUUUGUGGUGGCAGAGAACCAGCAGGGGAAGUCCCAACCUGGAACCCUGACCAUCAGAACCUCUCCAGAACCCGCUGCCAUCCCAGAUAUAGACGGGGAGUCUGCCCUCUCCAUGGGCAUCAUGGCAGGGAUCCUCAUCUUGGCCUUCGUCCUGCUGCUCCUGGCUGUGGACGUCACCUGCUACUUCACCAACAAGUGUGGCCUCAUCAUGUGUCUGUGUUGCAAGCCAGGCAGCGGCGCCAAGGGACACAACCUAGAACAGGGCAAAGCUGCAUUCAUAAAGGAUGAGUCCAAAGAACCGAUAGUGGAGGUGAGGACAGAGGAUGAGUGCACAGCCAAUCACAACGCAGGAGGACCCACGGAACCCAGUGAGACCACACCCCUUACAGAGCCAGAGCUGGCCGCUCACACUGCUGCCCUGGCUCUGGAUACCCUCUCGUCUGUAGCCACCAUCUCUGACACAGCCAACACAACCUAUGACCCCGCCCAGGACAGCCCCUCUAGUGAGAGCACCGCUCUCACCUGUAGCCUGUCUGCCCUCGCUACUGACCCCCUGCCUGCCCCCGCCCCGGCACCCACUCCAGAGUCCAACACAGCCCCCCCAACCCCCUUCAUCUCCACCUCUGACAUCACAGCUAGAGUAGCCCCCCCUGUUAGACCUUCUAGGAGACAGCUCUCCUAGAGCAGAGGACAACAUGUAUGCCACUGCUGUUAGUGCCACAGAUUGCCCUACAUCUCCUAAAAAUUAUCCUAUUCCAAUACCACCUAGGCGUCGAAACUCUAACAGACCUGCUCCUUCUCCUCCCACUCCCAAGAGCCCCACACCUACCCACUCCACCACCAUGGCCCCCAGGAAAUCUGCCCCGGAAAGUCCCUCUCUUGCCCCCUCCACUGCCUCUCCUAGUCCAAACACCAGGAAAGCUGCUCCUAUUGCCCCAGACAGCCCCUCUCCUGCUUCUAUGGCAUUCACUUUCCCAGCCUCUGACACCUCCACCUCUAAACUUGCUCCCACUACCACAUCUGUCCCUAGUGCUCCUACUACUGCCUUCAAUGCUGACAUAACUGCUGCUAUCGUUCACGAGGACACAAUCAAAUGUGCCCCUGUUUUCCCAGACAUUCUCACUAGUAUUCCAGUUCCCACAAGUGCCCCCACCACACCUGCCCCUAAUGCUUCCACUGCCCCGACCUUUGCCACACCUGCUGCCCCCACAGUCACUAUCACACUGGCUUCUACUAUCUACGACUCCCCAACACCCACCCUGACCCCCCACAUGCCCACCACCACAGCACCCCAAGCCCCAGAGAUAGAGUUAGAGUUGACCAAUGGGGUGGAGACUGAGUGCCCCUCCAUGCCCCCAGCAGAGGCCACUAGGUUUCAGAGUAGUCCCAUUCCCUCCCCUGCCCCUGGCGUUUCCUCAUCCUCCUCCCCCCUGGCUAACGGAAACGGGUUUGGGGCAGACCUCCAGGCCUCAAGCCCCCCAGCUCUGGAGGAGUUAGACAGUCCGGCCAAGGCUGCUCCACUCAACGACGAGUAUGGCUCCCUCUAGAGGUUUAUACGUGAAGAUAUUUGGAGGUGAGAAAAGUAAAGCGGAGGAGGCUGAGGUGAAGACAGCCCUGUCAGAGGUGACCACAGAACACAACAAUGUCACACAGAGAAACGCCAGCGACAACAAAGCAUGAUUGGGCAGCCUCAGCC